CUGAACCAUCCUUUGACAGAUGGCAGAGUCGACUCGGGUUAGUCCUGAGGAAAUAGCGAGACGAGAGAAGUAUCUCCGAGCAAACUUGCGGGAAGUGAACCUGAUGGACCCCUUCACUUGGACGUAUCCCUGGAAGGGUGCUGGAGUGAUGUUUGCCGCUUCAGUCAUUUCCGCUCAUAUGUACAAUGUUUGGAACAGAAGACCAUACUAUUUUGCCAUCGUACCCCGUUUGGUCUUAACGGGAGUAAUGACAGCUAUAGGAUAUGGUAUGGGAACGAUGAGGGAGUAUCACUACAAGACGCGAGAUGCCGUUAUUCAACAUUACAUCGAGCUUCAUCCGAAAGAUUUCGAUCAUUUCAAUGACAGAUCCGGCCGUGCAUUCUCACAGAUUCUCUUACCCUGGUAUCCUCGUCGCACACAGUAUACGAGAUACGAUUAAUUAGCGAAGCUAGAGUUGUAGACAAAUGUUUCUGGUUUAUGUAUAGAAUUGUGGCUCAUUAGAAUGAAAAA